AAUUUACACAUCGUCGGUGGCAAGGUACCCCUCUCUUUCGUAACCCCUAAAUAACUCCCCUCUCUCUCUAAAAUCCUCCCCACUUUCUCUCUCUAAAUCCUCAUCUCAUUCAGACCAGACUAGAAUAAACACAUACGACAUUAUUACAUAUUACAACUUUGCCACACCAAGAUUUUCAGUUUGACCCUGCCCUUCAUCAUCAUCAGGAGGUUGGAAGUUAGCAGCAUAAUCAAGGAUUGCCCUACUGGAGUUUUGAGCCCUAGACUUGUACAUAUGGAUCAGAGUGCUUCACAUGAGGAGGGAGAGAGUUUAAAAAAGGGAGUUGAAUUGGGAAAAUCAUCUUCAGAUAAACAUAUUGAUCUGUUGAGGCCAACUGCUCGCUACUAUUCAAUGUUUAAAGGGCAAUCAGUACAUAAUGUAGACCGCGAAAAGGGAAGGUAUUCACUUGUAAAGGAUGCGGAUGACUAUCAACAAGGACUCUAUGACAAACCACUCCCUUGCUUUGGCUGUGGAAUCGGAUGGUUCUCUUUUCUUUUGGGAUUUGCUUUCCCAUUAAUGUGGUAUUACGCCACGAUUCUGUAUUUUGGUAACUAUUACCGUAGAGACCCUAGAGAACGGGCUGGUCUUGCUGCUUCUGCAAUUGCUGCAAUGGCAUGUACAGUUACGCUGUUGAUCGUAUUGGUGGUAAUGCUACUAUUUUAGCAUCAACCUCGAGAUUUUAUGGACGCAACUCAUCUAUUCUCUCUUUAUACAACAUGACAUGUAAUGUCCCAGCAUCAGGAACAAUAAUUUGUCAGCAAAGGUAUCUUCUUAUUCCUCCGAAAGUGUUGAAAGUUGAGCGCAUAUAUGUAGUGACAUAGAGAAAAGCAUUCCGUGUUGCAAGUGUACAUGAAAUUUGUAUGGACAAACUUGUGCAAGGGAGCCAGAGAUGCUGUCAAAUAUCCCUUUUAUCCACCAUAUAAAUGAUAGACAUUUCGCUUACCCCUGAUUUGUUACAAGAGCUGUAUGAAGUAAUUACACUGUUGCAGUCCCAAGGGGAAUACAUAAUAUUGAAGUGGUAUCAGGUAAUAACGUUAAGAGUUAAGAAUUUGUUAAA